GGGCACCUCGGGGGCGUCUCUGCCAUUUCUCUAGCGUCUCAGGAUGGGAUGAUUCUUGUGUCCGGAGGGCGGGAUGGGGAAGUCCACUUUUGGGACCUGACCUCCAUUGGGUCAAAUUCUCUAAAAGAUCUCCGAGCCAGCGGUGCCAAGAUCGAAUCCAUUACAGUCUCGCCUGACUUCAAACUUCUGGCCGCAGGAGACGCAAUGGGAACCCUGAGUGUCUGGAACUUGGACGGGUACAAGCUACUAUUCUCGGUGAUCGCCCACAGACUCGAAGUCACCGCCGUGGCAUUCACCUCGAGUAGCCUUUGCCUCUACAGUGGCAGCCGCGAUGGAACCAUCCAGAAGUGGGAC